AUGCUCCUUAUCUUCUUCACCACAUGGGUGCCCGCUGUGCUCGCCGCCGCGCCCUCCAAAUUUCCGUACAUCCCCGCAACUAUCCUUGCCCCUACCUUGACUACCAACAACGAAACCACUACAGCUAGCAAAGCCUAUGUGUUUCGGCAGAAAGACGAAAAUGUUGAAUUUCUCUCCAUAGAUAUUGGUGCAGUUAUUGACGGAGAAAAUGGGUGGGAAACGCUGGUGGACAAGCUCCCAUUUAUGGAAGGCAAAUCCGAAACAACGAUAUACUCACCCGUUCUUGCCGAGAACGGCCAUUUAAUUGUUUAUGUCGGGGACUGCGAUUCAUCCACUGGCUUCGAGGUCUGGACAUAUACGCCCUCUAACGAUGCCGAUGAUAGUCCGAGUUGGGAGAAGCAAAGUACCUCGGCAUCUGACGACGUCUCCAAUCCAGCUCCCAACUUCCUAGGCGCUUCCAUCAGCUUCUCAUCACAGAUCCAGCCCACCGUUUCAGAUCCUGUCCUCUACACGUUCGGUGGCGUGUGCUCCAAAGCGAGCGACGAGGUCACAAGUUGGCAGUAUCUUGGCCGGUACUCUAACCAGAUGCGCAAAGUAUCCCUAACAUCGGAUUCCCAAUAUCGCAUUUCCAUCGUGCCAAGCAAAGGUCCCGUGCGAGAGGCUGGAUUCACGCUCACGGGGUUGUUACCGUCUUUGAAUUAUCGCGGUGAAACGGUCACUCAGCGAUCCAAUUAUGUGCUUCUAGGAGGUCACACACAGGAGGCGUUUGUGAACAUGAGCACAGCCGCCGUGUGGAACCUUCCGGAAGAGUCCUGGUCGUUUGUGAACAUAAAUGCCCCCAGCGCCCGGUCCGAGGAGCUUCGAGCUGAUGCUGUAUACGCGUCGCAGCAGUCUGGUACCGUAGCCAUUGAUAGCCGGUCCGGCCAUACCACGAUCCUGAGCGAGGAUGGAAGUACUCUGGUUAUGCUCGGCGGCUGGGUUGGAAAUGUCAACCGCGCUGCCCAGCCCCAGUUGGCCAUUCUCCGCAUGGGUGCCUCCUACGAUGAUUGGCAGUGGGUGGUACCGGACAAUCAGCCUUCAGGAAACGGAAUCUACGGGCACGCCGCCGCUCUCCUUCCUGGAAACGUCAUGAUGAUUUACGGCGGCUACGAUAUCACCCCUCCAGACUGGGCUAAGUCGAAGAGGCAACUGGGCUCCAAUGGUCCACAUGGGGGCAGCACUAGUAACAGCGGCAGCGGCAGUAGCUCCGGGGAGGAGGCCGGGAAAGGAGAGAAUGACAAGGCGAAGAAGCUCGGGCUUGGCAUUGGUCUCGGCAUUGGUAUCCCUCUCCUCAUUGCGAUAGCUGCCCUCAUAUUCUUUUAUCGGCGACACUCCAAGCGAAGGAGGACGAUGCGCGACGACGCGAUCCGCGCACUCGCCCAAGACCGAGCCCUCUUUCUCCAGAAUGGGGACAUGUCGGGGCGAGACUACGACACCGGAUACGACUCUUUCUCAUGGAAUCCACAGUCAUGGUACACAGGUGGUCCGAACGCCUAUGAUAACGGCGCGAGAUCCCUUGGCUACGAAACCCUGCGGGGUGCUCAGAAUCGGAAUUCCCUACCUAUCCACCCUGCCCUCCAGGUGCCGCGCAAGCCAGUCUCCCGGUCAUCGCGCGGCAUUUACCAGCCCGCUGGCGGGCCCAUGGCGUCGGGCAUACACCCUAUCUACGAGGCGGAUGAAGAUGCCGAACAGCACGAGAAUAAGGCAGACAAACGGACGAGGGGAAAUGAAAGUUCUAGCAGCGACUCGGCAAAUGAACCACAAACCCCGACAUCUCAACCAUACUCGGACCCUUUUUCCACCCCCAUAGCGCCAGCGGCCCCAGUCCUUUACCCCCAAGGGCGAUCAGCAACCACGCCGAGUCCCGAACACUACCAAGUGGACCCUGAAGUUCAAGAUUGGAUGUCAGAUCUCGAUGCAGCAGAAUGCCUGCUUGCCCGUAUGAACCGCCGGCAAAGCGGGAGAACCUCGCCGACAAAAGCCUCGACUCGAUCAUCUGUUCUGGGCGAUGAAGACUCCCGCACAGGAAGCAACCUUUCUGACCGCAGUGCCAUAAGUGUGGCUCGAUCAGCCUCAGGCCGAACCUACCUACGACCCUUGAGCUUCGGCCUAGGGUUUGGCGCUGGCAUUGCCACUGAUGGACGCGCCGGAAGCUCUAGCAGCAGCAACCCCUCUUACAAUACGGCCAAGUCGAACUUUACGACCCUCCAGACUGAAGGCCCCAACUUGCUCUAUAGCAAUGGCGGGAACGAACUAGAUCACCACGACCGACGACAUCCCAACGACCACUACGAUGAGCAGGACGAAGACUUUAUCCCAGUUCCGGGAAGCCCAAGCAAAAUGAAGCCCCGCCAGGGAUGGCUCGGCAGUCUUCGCCGCGUCUUCUCACUACGAAGCACGUCCCUUGGGCUUGAGCAGUAUUGGCGGCUCCCUCCUGCGGCGGAAGCAGGGAAACACGCUUGGGAAUCCGAGAUCAGCUCCUCCGGCAUCGGUGGAAGCUUGACUGUGCCAGUCGAUUCGGAGCCCAGGCGCUCAACCGAGACAGAGUGGGAUAUUGAGAGAGCCGUCGAGCAGCGCUUAGUGCAGGUCAUGUUUACGGUCCCCAAGGAAAAACUGAGGGUAGUCAAUGGAGAGUCGGAAGACGAUUUGGAAACUAGCAUGUCUGGUCUGGGCAUGGAGCGAUUGGAUCUCGGUCCUCCGAGAGAUUCCCGGCCAUCGCACAACGGCGACAUCUUGGACGAAAAGAGGGCGUUUGAGGAGGUGUCAGUCGCGUCCCACCCUCUCAACGAAUCGCUUUCCGACCUGGAAGACCCCUUUAUCGAGCCGCGGCACGAGCUGGUCUCAUCCGAAUCCGACGCCGACUUCGAAGAUGAUGACGACGAGCAUUCUAUGCAUCACCACCAUUUCCCCGAAGCUACCGUUAGGCCGCUUUCCGUUUCGAGCUUCCAGCCCCCACCGACGCCCGAGAUACCCCAGCGAAGUACCAUGAGGGACACCACUUCCCUGCGAGAGUCUGAACUCCUCUACACGGCCGACAUGAUGAGGUUUGAGAAACCAAAGACCAAGGUUCUGGAAAUGGUCGAGUCUAUCGAGGGCAGGAGUAGGGAGGGUUCUCCUCGUCGCUCGAGGUGA